AGUGAACCCCAACGGUGUCGAUUAGGUUAGGUCUUGAUGUCCACAUGUAAGCCGGCCUAAUGUGUAGUUCUCCGCUAAGCAGCGAGGGAUCUGCAAGUUUAUGAGUCCCCAUCGCGAUUUCGCCCGUGUGAAGCGGGGAUGGGACUUUCUCCUUGGGUCAGCCUUAUGAACCAAGGGGGCAUGGUAACUACCGAACGGUACAAGACUGAUGAGGUAUAGAAAUGGUAUAAAUAGGAUGCUAUUCGAAACACCAUUUCGAUUAUUUUCCUACAUGGACCAUCAUCAGAAUCCGCACUACUUGUUCGUUACGAAUUAUUUCAAGUGAAUCUACUCUUGCCACUCCCAACAAUUAUUUAGGUCAGACACUUAAUCUUCACCAUGAAGUGCUCUAUUCUGCUCCCUCUUAUUGCCGCGAUGGCGCUUGCUGCUCCGGCACCAAAGCCUGAGAACUUUGAGGCUGACCCCUCACUCACCAUCGGAACCCCAGACGACUCAUCAUAUGCGACUAAGCGGGAAACGUUUGAGGCCGACGCAUUACUACAAGUUGGAAAUCCUGAGGAGUCCUCGUACGCCGAGAAGAGGGCUAACUUCGAGGCUGACCCACUGCUGCAUAUUGGAAAUCCUGAGGAGUCCUCGUACGCCGAGAAGAGGGCUAACUUUGAGUCGGACCCUGCGCUCCAGGUCGGGGAUAGCCUUGAAUCUUCAUACGCUCAGUAAAGGGAUCACUAUUUUAAGUCUGGUCUAGAUAAUGGGGAAUAUUGCCCAAUGCUCUAGGGUAACGAUAAUCGCUCGUUAUAUUCAUAUUUGAGGUGGUUGUAAACUCGAGUACCUUUGUUCAUACAUUAGAUAGCUAAGAUAUGAAGAUAUGAACAUGAAUGUGGCAAAGAGUAUUAAUUGGCAUUAUUGAAAUGAC